AUGUUCUUCUUCCUUAUCCUGAGAAGAAAAGAAAAAAAUCAAAACUCACGUGUCUGGAUAACAUGUUUCUGUCACAAUGGAAGCGACUGCUACGCCAGUGACGCAGAUCACAAGAAGGACGAUGCUCCGGUGCAUCCACUCAACAUGGAGCAAUGCCACUUGGCCGGGUCUUCAAAUCUGGAAGAAGAGACUAGAAACAGUAGUUCUGGAAAUAGGAAUUGGAAAGAAAUCAGAAUAAUCAAAAAAGGAAAACAGAUGUGA